UAAAAAAUCAUCCAAAAUUUUACAGCAAUUUAGUCUUCGGUUUCGUCACGAGGGAUGCCAGAGAGACAUAAGGCCUACAAAAAGACAUGAUAUCUUUUCUCAGGGAAAAAGGGUAAUUGAGCUGAGGGGCAGGUUGGGGAAGUGCUUCAACAUGGAGACUGUUAUUAUAUUUGAUUUCGAUCAAACCUUGAUAGACUGCAACAGUGAUCCAUGGGUGGUCAAUCAGCUCGGGGCUGCUGAGUUAAUGAAUUCUUUACUGAGAACUAAUCUUCCCUGGACAUCUCUAAUGGAUCGAAUGAUGGAGGAGCUGCACGCCAAAGGAAAGAAUGUGAGUGAUAUCCAGAACAGUUUGAAGACUGUUCCCCUUCACCCAGAAAUGAUCAGGGCAAUCAAAUCAGCGCAUUCAUUGGGAUGUGAUCUACGGAUUGUGAGUGAUGCCAACUUGUUUUUCAUCAAAACUGUUCUUGAACAUUAUGACCUCCUCCAGUUUUUUACUGAGAUUAUAACAAAUCCAGCAAAAAUUGAUGAAGAAGGAAGACUAAAGAUAUUCCCUUUCCAUUCAGACUCUGCUGUACCACAUGGCUGCCAACUUUGCCCUGCUAAUAUGUGCAAGGGAACAAUAGUAGAUGGCAUAAAAAAUUGCUUCCCCCCAGAAUCUAAGAAACGCUUCAUUUAUCUUGGAGAUGGCAGGGGAGAUUUUUGUCCUUCAUUGAAGUUGGGGAGUGAGGAUCACGUCCUUCCAAGAAAAGGGUACCCACUCUGCAACCUUCUUCAUGUAAACUCUAAUCUCGUUAAAGCUCAAGUGCAUAUUUGGAGCGAUGCCAAAGAUGUGGAAGAUUGCCUUGGCAAGUUGCUUAAUUCUUGAGGACGCAAGAUUUUCCUCUUUUCAAAAAAAUGCAUCUACAUAAAUGUUGUUUUGAAACAACACUCUUGAAUAUUAGUUUGAUCAGAGGUGUCAAAUUAAUCAAUGGUUAGGUACUUAAACAAUCUUGUAGAAUCCUUACUAUGCAUAAUUUCACGAAGGAAAAAUCACAGGCUAUAUUCUAGAGGCAAACUGUGCUAUUCUUUGUUCACAUAUAUCGAUAAGUUCAGAAUGUAUGCCCAGGGAAGUUGCAUUUAAUUCCAUGUCAUUAUUAUAAAAUUUUCUCAUUGUUA